UUGGCAUAAAUAUAGUCUGAGCUAUAAGGCACGCAUGAGCACAGCUUUAUACAGACAAAAUCAAAGGAAUACCAGGACACCUGAGGGUUUUUUUUAUUGUUUCGUUGUGCUUUCUCCUUUCAUUUAUUUAUUUAUUUUUCAUUCUGCGCUUUUUAUAGUGCGUGUCUUGCGCUCUUUGGCUAUUUAUAACAGUUCACAGACAGAGCCUCUUGGGGCACCGUGUCCUGUUUGGAUGAUUCAUGUCAUUGUGUCAACUUAAAUUUGCAAUAAUGAAGAUAUUGACCUAUGUGGCUCUUUUAACAUUUGCAUCAGCGUGCAUGGUUAAUGCCAGCUGCCCGGGUGUGUGUGAAUGCCCUGCUAUGCCGCCGAUGUGUCCUGCUGGCGUCAGUCUGGUGUUUGAUGGUUGCGGGUGCUGUAAAGUGUGUGCCGCCCAACUCAACCAGGACUGUAAUACUUACAAACCCUGUGACCACCAUAAGGGCUUGGAAUGUAACUAUGGCAAUGAUGUGAUGUUGGGAGCAGGAAUAUGUCGAGCCAAACUGGAAGGUCGCAGCUGUGAAUACAAUAGCCGAAUGUACCAGAAUGGUGAGAGUUUUCGUAUGGGCUGCAAACACCAAUGUACCUGCAUAGAUGGAGCGAUGGGUUGUGGUCCUCUUUGUACAACGAGCCUGCCCCUGUCAUCACCCUCCUGUCCCUAUCCUCGACUUGUGCGGGUGCCCGGCCAAUGCUGCUUUAGCGUGGACUGCCACAAAGGGGCAAUAACACCGCUGAUACCCCAGUGGAAAACAAAGCAGCAGGCUAAUGAUCCUCUUGACAAGAACGUGAAUGUCCUGGGCAAUGAGUUGUGGGAGAGGAGGACUGAAUGGGAAGAUGAACAAGGAUAUAAACACUUACCAAACCCAUGGGCCAUUGGUCGAACACGAUGUGUGGUCCAGACAACUGAUUGGUCUCCAUGUUCAAGUAGUUGUGGCAUGGGGAUGUCUUCACGAGUAACCAACGACAACGCUCAGUGCAAGCUGGAGAGAGAAACUCGUCUAUGCAACAUACGACCCUGCAGCCCACUGGCUGCUGUUCCCAAGAGAGGAAAAAAGUGUACGCGGAUGCAGAAGUCACGGGAACCUGUUCACCUGUCCUACUCAGGCUGCCGUAGCGUUCAAGCUUACAAGUCAAACUACUGUGGCAUGUGCUCUGAUGGUCGGUGCUGUGUGCCACGACGCACUCGUACCGCCUCAGUCCCUUUUCAGUGCCCUGGUGGAGGGCGUUUCGACAAAGCAGUCAUGCUCAUCCUGUCCUGCAAGUGUGGACAAAACUGUGGGCAUCUGAACGAAGCAGCCAUGCCACCUCAGAAGUGGCUUUAUGGAGACACACACAAGUUCAUUGACUAAAUUUUUGGCAAAGACUUUAUAAGGUGUCAUUUGACCAUAUCGUAACGACAGUGUACAACAAAACUGCGCUGAAAUUAAAAUAAUAUUUAAGUGUAGUUCACCACCCAGAACACUGCUGACUCCAGGCAUUUACACAGAUGAUAGACCAGUUUUUUUUGCCUUGCUGGUGUGAUUGAGAGUUCUGCUGGUCAGCAAGUAUGAAUGAAUGCAUUGGUUCAUUGCAUAUAUAUUUUGUAGUUUAUGUUCUUUCUGUAACACUGACUGCAUCAUGUGAAUCCUGGUGAAAAAAAAAAUAGCUGAAAUUUGCACCAUUUCUAGCAAGUUCAGGCGAUUAUUCUUGAUAACUAAUCUUUUUGUGUGAAAUUAUUAGUGAGGAUUAGAAAGAUUUUGUUUGACUUAAAAAGACAAAGUGACAAAGUGUCAUUACAUGAGAAAUAAAAUCAGCAUCAUGACAUGCUGGUACGGGAAAAUAAUCAAUGACAGGGUGGUAUGAUGCUACCCGACACAAAAGGGAGUUACUGUUACCCCAAAGUUAGCACUUAAAUUAUAUAUAUUUUAUCUUCUCUGCAACAUCACAUAGCACAAACUACAAACCCCCUGUGGCAGGAACAUUAGAGACGAUUACAAACCACUGACACUGGAGACUCCUUCCAUAAAAGGUUUAAUUGUUUCUUCCCAGUAUCAAAAAGGAGUUUCUUUUAAGCUUUAUUAUUAUGCUUAGAUAUUGUCAAAGCAUCUGCCAUACAAGUACUUGUGGAAGUUGUUACUGUAUAAAUUAUAAUGAGUGCAUUUUAUAUAAACAUCACAGCCAGAAAUACAUUCGAGGAUGCCCUGAUGGUAAAAUUAGAUUGCUAAUCUAAUCCACAAAUUGCUUCCAUUCGUAUAUGUUCAAUGAAUUAGUGAGAAAUUUGUCAUUUAUAUAUCUAGCUACCCCGAAAAUAACGUAAAUUAAUGGUGUACUCAUCCUAACUAUUUACAAUACACAGGAGCACUCACUGUUACUUGCAUUCAUGAUGGUCAAUUUUGCACUGAUGUCACAUUUGAUAUUGGCAGGACUGAUACAAGUCCUACAAUUGUGUAUUCAUUUACUAUAAAUGUUAAAAGAAUCUAAUUGUUAGUUAUUGCUCAUUUUACAUUUUUAAUCUGGAGCAGCUAAUGUUUUCAACAUGUUUUUUUGCACUAUUACUAAGACUCGCAUUGUAACUGCAGUGAAACCAUUAACAAAAAAUGAUUGAAAGUUGAAAAGAAUAAAGAGUAAUUACUGCCUCAUAA